GUCAGCCUGUUGCGUUCGAGGUUCGAUGCUGGCACAAACCGCAGCAGCAGCAGCAGCAGCAACAGAAAAACCUGAAUAAUCAGCCGUACCAGCAGCAACAGUUUCAGAUUCCGAAUCAGUGGCCGUUUCGCGACGCGGCGCGUAAAUACAUAAAAUAAAUUAGAAAAAAAUAUAUAAGCCACAAGCGCGGUUAAAUCCCAAAAAGACACACAAAAACACACGCGAAAUAUCUCGAUCGUCAUAAAUCAAUCCGAGUCGAGUGCGUUUCAGAUCCACCGAAAUUAGGGGCAAUUACCACUGAUAAGAAUGAUGAAAGCCACAGCGUGGUUUGGUCCGGUGUUAUUAACUUUACUGUGUGCCACAAGGCUCGUCUGCACGGCCCAGCGAGGAGGAGCAGGAGGAGGAUCAGGAGGAGGAGCUGAGGUCGGCGGAAGCGGCCGCACAAACGGAUAUCCUCUGGACUACCCUGAUGCACGGAACUCACAGGAUGACUUUCUCCUGGCCAAGCGGAACAAACCGUCGCUGUCCAUUGUCAAUCCCCUGGAUGUGCUGCGUCAGCGGCUGCUCCUGGAAAUCGCACGCAGGCAAAUGAAGGAGAAUUCCCGCCAGGUCGAGCUCAACCGCGCCAUCCUGAAGAACGUGGGCAAACGAUUCCUGUUGCGAGGCGCAGGAGCAGGAGCAUCCAAGGGGAGCAGGCGGUACCGCCAGCAGUGGCCAGUCGAGCGGGAACUGCAGCUGCAACUGGAGCGGGAGCGGGAGCGGGAUGAGGAGCCGGAGGAGCAGCUGGGCCGGCAACAGCUGCUGCCCUGGAAGCAUUUCCCCAGCCAACUGUGGAGCUACGGAUGGUCUCAGUCGCAGUCCCCCUCGUCACAGUUUGCGGAUUCCCUGCAAUCAACAUCCACUCGACCACAAUCCCAGGCACUACCAGGUCAGAAGUUGCUCAGCUAUGCGAAGAACUCUCUGGACGUGGCCGGAAUGGGUCUGGCCAGGCAUCGGGUCAACGGAAAUGAAGCCAACGAAACAAAUCAUGAACAUGAGAACGGGAAUGGGAAUGGGAACGGGAAUGAGAAUGAAAAUGACGACGGCAGUAAAAACCCGGCGAGAUAUGUGGAUGACGACGAUGAGAACGAUAAUGACGUGGGCCCGGAGGGAAUGGGUGUGGGACUGGGAUUGGGACAGGGGCUGGGUCUGGGUCUGGGUCUGGGCCUGGGCCUGGAGAGGUUCGAUGUGUUCGAGGACAAGCCCAACUGGGCCAACGAGGAGCCGAACGAGGUGGUUCGGGGUGCGGCCAAUGCAAAUGACCGCCUGCCCUGGCCCUUUCCCUACCGCUUUCACAAAAGCCAGCAUAAUGUUAAUUAAGUAAGUGAGGAUUGAGUUGCAGCUACAGAUACGGAUAAUGAUACUGAUACUGAUACUGAUACAACAAAAGACAUAGAUACAGAUACAGAUACAGACAAAGUUAAAGAUACCGAUACCGAUACCGAUACGGAUACGGAUUCUUCGGAUAGGGGCACCCGACAGCUUGGUGGUGCUAGGCGGUUAUUAAUGCAAAUCGACGGUUCCUAAUGGCUGGCUACAAGGCAGGCAUGUUGUGUGUGCACAUACUCCCUUGAUGACAAACUUACUCCCACGUUGCUAGAUGUAUUCGCAUUUGAACUCUAUUUUAUCGAAAAUAACCAACGGUGUAUGUUACGAUUUAUGCUACCUCUCACAGAUACUGUUGAAUAUAAAGUCUCCUCCGAUCUCCAAUCUCCAAUCCCCCACGAUUAAUGUCAAACAUACUUUUACUAGAUCGAACACACCCAAGAUAUAGCGAACGAAACUCCAAGAUUUAUAAAUGUAAAUGCAUGCGUAAUUGAUAGUGAUCUAUGUGUAAUUUUAAUAAUUAUUUUAACGAUUAACGUUAAUCAGUCGCAUGCAAUAUUGACCUGUCUAAUGAGAUUUUCAUGUUUUUCCUCAUGUGAGGAAAAACUGUGCAAGCUUAUUUAUGAAACAAACAAAAUAUUUGUGGUUUACAUUCUCCGCGGGCGGAAAUUGGUUUUUGUGUUUGCUCUGUUGUGCUUAAACUUGUGUAAAAAAUGCUCAAAUAGAAUUAACAUAAUGCAGACACUAUUUACAUGUUCCUUUCGUCAAAGCUUACAUUUGGUCACUAUUAAAUUUGCGUUGUUAAAGGGUUCAAUUUCUAAGAUAUUAAGCGAAAAAUGGUUCCAAAUCAUACGAAUAACGAUUUUAACGUAGAUCAAAGUCAGACCUAUUACCCAAAAGCAAGUACUUCGAUACAUGAAUACGCCACGUGUUGUGUAAAUUAACAAGGAAUUUACCGAGCAAAUUAACCAUUUAAUAGUUACGUUCUGUACAUUAAUAAAUUAAAUACAAAUUAAUUUCUACUAUAUGUGUAUGUAAAUAAAAGACCUUUUUCAAAAAAGCUAAACUGAUGAAAUUCCAAAAAAAAAAAGAAAUCAAACGAAAUUAUAUAUUAUACAAAAUUAUAUGUAUGUACGGAUAUACUUAUUAAAAAAUAAAAUCAUGAGGCAUUGACAUGACAUUCAAUUACAAA